UAUAUUUGAUAACAGAGCAGCGUGCGGACACGCCCUCUUGUCAUCGCAGUGAAGGGGCGGGGCUUCGGUUCUGCAGUCGCUAAAAAGAUGGCAACGUCCAUCGCGCUCAGCCUGGAUAACUUACCGUCUGAUCCCUUACUGCUGGUGCUGUCAUUUCUGGACUUCCGAGAUCUGAUAAGCUGCAGUUUUGUAAGUCGUCGACUCAAUGAGCUGACAGGCCAUAACCCCCUAUGGAAGAGACUUUGUCAGAAGCACUGGUUCCUUACAGAGGCAGACAAAAGUCACAGAGGCCUGGCAUGGAAGGAGCUGUUUCGGGAGUAUUAUGCUGAUCUGGGCCGUUAUAUUGACGAUUACAGCACUCUCAAGAAAGCCUGGGAUGAUCUGAAGAACUACCUGAAUCAGAAAUGUCCCCGAAUGAUAGCUUCACUUAAAGAGGGAGUGAGUGAGGAAGAGCUAGACACCAUUGAGGCCCAGAUUGGCUGCAGACUCCCUAAUGACUACCGUUGCUCCUAUAGGAUACACAAUGGACAGAAACUUGUGGUCCCUGGGCUGAUGGGCAGCAUGGCUUUGUCCAAUCACUAUCGCUCAGAGGACCUGUUGGAUAUUGAGACAGCAGCGGGGGGAUUUCAGCAGAGGAAGGGAAUGCGGCAGUGUCUUCCACUCACAUUUUGUUUCCACACUGGCCUCAGCCAGUACAUGGCCUUGGAGAGCACAGAGGGACGAACACGCAGUGAAAUCUUCUAUCAAUGCCCGGAUCAACUGGCACAAGAUCCCUCUGCAAUUGACAUGUUCAUUACGGGUCCUAACUUUACUGAGUGGUUUACAUCCUAUGUUGACAAUGUUGUAACAGGAGAAUACCCCAUCAUUCGGGACCAGAUCUUCAGGUAUGUUCAUGACAAGCGCUGUGUGGCAACCACUGGUGACAUCACAGUAUCCGUCUCUACCUCCUUCCUGCCAGAGCUCAGUUCAGUCCAUCCGCCACACUUUUUCUUCACCUAUAGAAUCAGGAUUGAGAUGGCAAAGUCUGCCCUGCCAGAGAAUGCAUGCCAGCUAGACAGUCGGUACUGGAAGAUCACAAAUGCAAACGGAAAUGUGGAGGAGGUCCGUGGUCCUGGUGUUGUGGGUGAGUUUCCAGUGAUGACACCCGGGAAAGUUCACGAGUACGCCAGCUGCACCACGUUUUCCACCACCUCUGAGUACAUGGAAGGCCACUACACAUUCCACCGGCUCAAGAACAAAGAGGAAGUGUUUGACGUUUCAAUCCCACGCUUCCACAUGGUGUGCCCACCAUUCCGUGAAUCAAUGGUGCGGUCGAGCUCAGUCAGUGAGGUGUCUGCUCCUUAUGAUGAUGAGAAUUCAUCGGACCCAGAUGACUAUGAGGAGGGAGAAAUGCGUGGCAUGAACAUGGCUGACCCAGGAGGACGCUGCCCUCGGCAUGUCUGAUGCACUUUUACAUGUCCCCGGCCAACACCCGCCCACAGAUACUGAUGCACAACACACUCGCACAAACGGGAGAGCAGGAGGACAAACAGAGCUUUUAGGCAUCCAUUGUUUAUUGUACAGCGCUCUUGUGCCUGUCACCUCUUGAGCGUUUUCUCCCGUUUCUGUGGCCAUGUGUCUGGUUGUGGCGUGUCUGUGUCUGUGCACGUCUGUGAACGUGUGAGAUCAUUGUACGUGAGUUUGAGUCUGCAAGUGUGGUUUGUGAUUGAGUGAGAGUGCGAGAGUUUAUUGAAUGUGUGUGAGAUUCUGUGAGAUUGACUCUUUUUGCCUGUGUUUCACAAUUACCUGCAACUUACCUAAAGGGAUGGUUCAGCCCAAAUUGAAAAUUGGAAUUUACUCACCCUUAUGUUGUUCCAAACCUGUAUGUCUUUCUGUCUCCUGUAGAACACAAAAGAAUAUAUAUGAGUAUAUUUUGUCCAUGCAGUGAAAGUGGAGUCCAUUGUUGUUUUGGACCCACUGACUUAAAAUUUAUUGACCAAAACAGUUUUUCUUCAAAAUAUCUUCGACAGUAGACAUGAUUGGUAGAAGUAAGACUGUCAAACAGGUUCGGGAUGACAUGGGGGUAAAUGAUGACAAAAAUGUUAAUUUUUGCCUGAACUAUCUCUCUAAAAACUUACAAUUACAGAGCACGAGUAGAAAUUAUGACACUACUAUUAGCAGAAAAGUACACGCACACUGAUUUGGGAAUACUCACGGUGUGUGUAUAUAUAUAUAUAUAUAUAGGUCUAGAUAUAUAUAGAUUGAAUGCUUAACAGAAAGGCUCAAAUAAAUUGAUCCCAUUCAUUUCCUCCACAAGACCUCAGGUAUUGUGUAGCAUGUAUGUGCUUGUGUAUAUAUGUUUGUUCUUGUGUCGUUUGCACUGAGGGUUUCGGGGGCAGGCUGAGGUCCAGACCUUGUGAAGUGAAAGUUCACGCAAACAACAGCUAACCUGUGCAAGCAAUCAUUUAACUUUACUUGCUACUAGUUCUCUACUAGUUAGCUGUUCAGAGGUGCUUCUGCCCUGUUCUCAGAAACGCUGGAUGGAUGUAAACAGAAGAUCAGCCAGAACACAUUGGUGUACUGUAAAGGAUCUUUUUAGCUUUGAUUAUCUUAAGGGCUGGAGGUUACACAGACUGGUGUGAAUAACAAAAGAUAAUUUUAUGAGAAGUUUAUGGCAUUAUUGUGACUUUCCACAUUUAUCUCCUUAAAAUCCUGUGCAAGAGGUACAUGAUCAGAAAAUGUCUUUGUUGUACAGUUCAGUUUUUCAGAAUGAAAUCUAGGCAGACUUAAGAAUUUCUUUGCCGUUUUCUUCCCCUUUCCUUCCUAAUGGCAAUGUGAGCUAAUCUUGCCUAGAGAUGUGUAUGAUUUUGAUAUUCAUGGUUUGAAUAUUAUGUUAUCAUCUUUGUAAAAUGCUGUGCAGUGAGAUUUUUCAACAGUUUGCUAUUAUGUUCUCUGUUUAGCCCUAUUGAACCUCUGAUUGGUUAAUUACUCCUUUUUUAUUUUGUAUGUGUGAGGGUUUAUUUUUAUUUUUAUUUGGAGUAUAUAAAAGGGUAAUGGUGUAUCAAUACCGUGUUUCACUAUCACAUUAUUUGUUUACAUUCCCAUUGUGAUCAGGAUGCUUUCUACUAUAGAAGCACAAAGAGGCCAUUGAUCUAUUGAUCACCAGCCAGUCUCUGUGCUAUUGUCUCAUGCUCUGGAAUAUCUCUGAAUACACCUAUUGUUCUCACAACACAAAACAUAGUCAAUUUUGUCACUCUGACCCAAAUCCUAACCCUUACCCACCCCGAUGGUGUCAGUUGUCAUGGCAACAUGUUGAAGAGGCCUUGUUGUAGUCCGACUGAUGUUUCUUUGUUAAGCCGUUUUGUUUUUUGGCCCACAUCUUCUCCCAUCUCUUUACUC